CUUUUUUUUCCCCUCGUUGACUUCAUCCUAACGCGGAAGUCGGUGACGCACCGCUACACACAGCUGCUCAGCGGGGGCCACGAGAUCAGCAGCGCGGCGUCAUUCGGGCCCGAACGCAGCGGUGAGUGAGUGAGUGUCCGCUCGCUUCUGUUCGCUGCAAAACGUGGAGGAACGUUUGGCUCGACGCGGCUCGUCCUCCGUCUCCGCUUUACUAAACCCGACUGGAGGCGGACUGAGGGCAGAGCGGGCAAGGUGUCGCAAUUCAGACCAUCAUGCCCUUUGCUCUGGCAGCUGGACAGGAAGUGUGUGUGUGAGCGUCCCUGGUUGGCUCUGCUGGGAUGAACAUGCCACUGCACCAGAUCUCUGUCAUCCCCCGUGAUGUCACCUCAUCGCGGGUGUCCGGCAGCGGGAAAGCUAAGGACAAGGACAAGCAGAAUGAGAAGCCUCUGGGUCAUUCAGCAAGCAGGUCCAGCAAUAUAUCAAAGGCGGGGAGUCCGACCUCGGUCAACGCUCCAUGCAGUUUCUCCAGGACGUCGGUUUCUCCCUCCAGCCAGGACAUUUGCAGCUGCCCGGUUCAGGACUGUCAGAGGCAGACUGCGGUGGUUCUGUUGAGCUCAAACGGUAAAACCUGUCGCGGUUCAGGAGGUCGGUCGGUCGCCACUCUGUGCGCAGACGCCCUGCCGGCCUCUAAGCACGCCAAACAACGAGACUGGCUCUCCCUGCUGCGCCCGUCCUCCGUCAACCUCCACCCCAGCGGGGCGCUCCGCUUCUCCGCGUCACUCAAUGACGUGGGCCAGCGCGUGGACAGCCUGUGUCGCGGGCUGCACUUUAUAGACCGCGCCUGCUCCGAGGGAGAACUGGAGCUGAAGUCCGAGCCCCCUCGGCCCACCGGCUCGAAGCGCGCGGCGCACACACCCAGCGGCGAGCUGGCCGCGGCACCCGCACGCCAGAUCCCCGGUCCCACCUCCUCGACAUGUACCCGCCCCCACCUCGUCCCCGCCUUCAGCAGCAGCAGCAGCAGCAGCAACAACUACAAAAGCGCGCUGGGGACCCCCACCGCCAAUGAUCUCCCGUCUGCGCCUGCCGCCAUCGCCCCUCCUCCUCCUUCCAACAGCCUUCUCCUGCCUCACCCCUCUCCGAGCGCCAACUUCCUGCGUCUCCUCCUCCCCUUCUCCCGAUCCUCUACCUCGGCCAGCCUGCAGUGCUCCGAGCUGGGCAGCUAUGAGUCCCACCUCCACGGCACCAAGUCCUCCAGCGUCAUGCUGGAAGGCAGCGAGUCCGGGUUCCACGUCGAAGACCUACUGGGAGACGACGACGUGUUCGAGGAGGACCGGCUCAGUGCAGCUCCGAUGAGAAGCGGCCGGCGGGACUCUCCAAAAGCAGUCACCGGGGCCGGAACCGGGCCUCUUGUAGCCCCCCUGUGCUUUAUGGACGAGGAUGUCGACCUGGACUGCUGCCCGUCCCCUUUGUCAGAGAAAACCGCGCCACUGUCCCCCUAUUCGCUCUCUGGAGACUGGUGCAGGAUUUGUCACUGUGAAGGCGAUGAAGAGAGUCCCCUGAUCACUCCGUGCCACUGCACGGGAAGCCUGCGCUUCGUCCACCAGUCCUGUCUUCAACAAUGGAUCAAGAGCUCGGACACCCGCUGCUGUGAGCUCUGUAAAUAUGAGUUCAUCAUGGAGACCAAGCUCAAGCCACUGCGCAAGUGGGAGAAGCUACAGAUGACGGCGAGCGAGAGGCGGAAGAUCAUGUGUUCGGUUACCUUCCACGUCAUCGCCAUCACCUGCGUGGUGUGGUCUCUCUACGUCCUCAUCGACAGGACGGCGGAGGAAAUCAAACAAGCCGGCAGAAUCCCAGGACUCCUGGAGUGGCCUUUCUGGACCAAACUUGUGGUGGUGGCCAUCGGCUUUACGGGUGGGCUGGUGUUCAUGUACGUCCAGUGCAAAGUCUACAUACAUCUAUGGAGGAGGCUCAAGGCUUACAACCGGGUCAUAUACGUCCAGAACCGGCCAGACACGUGUAAAAAGCUGAUACUGGAGAAGCCGCCCCUCAUGGAGCCCAGUGUGGAGAACAAGGAAGCUCUGGUGCCAGCCCUGUCGGACACAAACUCCUCCCAGUACACAGAGACAGAGGACUACAGUAUGGACGUGCUCCAUGUCUGACCACUCGGUUCAUGCCAUCGGUUAACCUACUCACACUUUACACAAGGGCCGGCCUACAGGGAAGCUGUGACUGAGGAACGAACACCCACUCGACCCCUCACUCUGAUCCCAGACCCGCCGUCCUCCUCUGGGCAUCUUAUAUAUUCCAACACUUUUUCCAAGGAGAUGGACAGACAAUGGCGAUCUCCCUCCUAUCCACAUUCCUCCUCUCUUAUUCCUCCUUCCCUCCACCUGCACCCUGGAUCCUCGUCUCUCUCCCUUCCUAGGACCGGACAGCUUUUGCUGACCUCUAUAAAUGUCUGGAGAGGCCUGGAGCGUACAACUUUACACACUCGCGUCCGCACACUUAUUUGUACACCUCUGGGAGAGCAGGACUGAGACAAAUGGACUCACAAACAGCCCUGGAGGUCUACACAUUUCCGAUGCGUGAUUUCUUUGCCUGUGGGUUUGUUAGAUUUGUUCGUUUUGACCUCCCGUGAGUCUUCGGGCUAAACUGCCGUGGAUCAGUAUGUAGCGCCACCCAUUGGAUCUCUGGAACAUUGCAGCUACUGCCGUCUCUUUUUGCUGUGGUCUGUCUGCCCUGGAGCUGGUCCGGAUCCCACCAGGCCCUGAUCUGGACAUGCAUUAAAGCACUUUUGUUUUUUAGUUCCCACAACAGAUCCCUUACUUUUGCCCUUUUUGGGUUCAUUAAAGACUGUAUAUGUUGUACAUGCAGGAGAGCACAUUCAAACUUUAAACUCCUGUUUUGACAUUUCUUUAUACACACAUCUACAUUUAUUUCAAGCCUCCUGUGGAUGACAAAAAAGGAAUUGGGGGGAUAAAAAUAAAAUGGAAUCAUGCUUAAAGAAACAUCUGAGUGGUUUAAUCCAAUAUGACAUCAGACUCGAUGUUCUAAUGCAGAUAAUGGAAAAUCCAGCCACACGACUUCUGUACCCAACGAGGAUCUUUCUGAAGUCUUUGAGAAUGUAAACUUUUACUGUCAAAAAAACAAACAAAAAAAAAAAAAUACAAAAAGGAAAAAGCAAGAUUUUUAUUUUUACUAGUCACAGGGAAUUGGGAGAUAAUUUCCAUGUCUUGAUAACAUUGUCUUUAUGCCUCCUGGCAUAAACUGCACCGCUCAUGUUUUUCUAUCAUGCGAAUGACACCGUAUUUAAAGUGUGAUAUUCCAUGUGCAGUUUUUAAUAUGCUGAUUUGUUUGCUUGGUCGCAGGAAACGCCCUGGAAAAUUCCCAGCUGCUUAUUUUCAGUCAGUCCUCCCAUCAUUCAGGCAGUGCAUUGAUUGCUCCCAAGUAGGUGAUUUUGAUCCAAAAGCAGGCAGAUUGUACUCUUAUGUAUUUCAAUUUGAAGGUUGAAUUCAUUUCUGCUCCGCAGGACCCAGGGAUUUACAAUCCAUCCCUUUGGUACUUUAACCAGUUCACAUUCCAUCCUUAUUGAGCGUUUCAAGUUUCUUACUUUUGCCAGACUUUUUUAGUAUUUAAUCACAAUACUGCCAGCAUGUUGUCUCCUAUUCUUUGGAGUGUUUCUUCUUCUCACAUCUGGCCUCAUGUUGCUCAAACGAGACAAAUUGCUCCAACUUUUUGUUUUUUCAAUUUCCUAGAGGAAGCACAACUUAACUACUUAUUAUUUCAGCAUUCAUGGAGAUUUUGUAUCAAGUGCAACAAUUUAGGUUGUUGCAUUGAUGAACGAUCAGAUGCAAUGCAUGCAUGCAUGCCUGUGAUAUGUACAGUGUGCAUCUCACCUGCUGGCGAGAAGCUGAAGGUGCCGUAUGACGGAGGCAGCGGUCGGUAUCACAGCCAUGUGUUUUGGGGCUUACACUCAUUGUAAGUGCGUUGUGUAUGUGGGAGCACAGUGAUGCCAGGCUCAUGUUGAGCCCCUCAGCCAGUCCAGCGACACGCGCAUAAAAAAACAAAACAAAAUUAACUGUUUGAUACAAAUAUAGUGUCUGUGAACAACAAUGGUCCAACAACAUGUGUGACAAUUACUGCUCAGCAGCAGCAAUAACCGAACUCCGUGCUUUUGUCUUUUUGCAACAGUUCACACUGCACCUGUGUAUAUGCCCCACGGUGACUUGAGUCUGAUAUAAGUUCAAUACAUAAUACGAGCCGAAGGAGUUUUUGUGCGUCAAGUUGAAUUAAGACCUACUAAUGAAAAGCUUCUCUGAAACUUUGAUACCUGUGAGGCUCAGCGCAAAUAGACAGAUUAAAAAGUGCAAUUACCCUUUUGUUGAUACUAUAGUUAUGUAAUGGUGUUUAAUGUCCAGAUUGUCCUCUGGGUAUACAAUGAUUAUUUCUUCAUUUUGUGUUGUAUUUAUUUUGAAAAGAAAACCGUACCAUCAUUAGUAAUUUUAUGCAACUUACACUUUCUUUCCCAUGCGUUAAUGCCUAAACAUCACUUUUACUCUCUAUUUGGAAGUCCAGAUAUUAGAGUUGCAAAAAUCUUGAUUGUGAAUACCUGCUCUAUGGUCUUACUUUAUGAAAAGCUUGAUGAAUCUCAUCCAAAAUGUAUAGACAUAACCGCAGAAUCCCAUUCAAUUGUGUAAUCGUUUUCAAAUAGAAAACCUGGAGUAAUCAGAAAUAGUUUCCUUGAGAUGAAAGACAAAACAUGGACUGUGGUUUGGGAUUUUUUCUUUUCUUUUUUUCUUUCUACUCAUAGGAGCUGGCUCCUUUCAUGAAGUCCCAGACAGCAUUCGGGGCCACUUUCGGAUGCUUUUAUAUGCAGACAUGUUUCUCUCCAAUAGCAGCUUUUGCUUCUUUCUCUCAUGAACUGAUUUCUCCACGUUAUGAAUCCGAUUGAGCACAUUGUCUUGACCCUGCCGCUUACGUCUGAUCAUGUCUGGGAAUAGUGUAACUUGCAUAAAGCUACAUUUGUUUACUACUGACUGGACUUGAACAUAUAUGACUGUUCCCCUGUCUUAUGAUAUCAUUCCACAAGUUUGUCUGUGAGUUUACUUUGAAAUAGUAACAGUAAAUUUGUAAACGUACUUAUGUUUUUAAAAUAAAUAUUGUUGUGUUUUCAGUAUAAUUUCCCAUUAUUGAACAAAGUAUGUAGAAUUAAAAAGAACAACCAAAUAAAAAUGAAGUUACUUUUAA